CCCGGCUCCGGCCCCGGCCCCGGCCCCGGGCGGGCGGCCGCCAUGAGCGGGAUGGUGAUCCCCGGUACGCCCAUCGCCGUGGACUUCUGGAGCGUGCGGAGGGCGGGCGCUGCCCGUCUCUUCUUCCUGUCGCACAUGCACUCGGACCACACGGUGGGACUGUCGUGCACCUGGAGCCGCCCGCUGUACUGCUCGCCCCUCACCGCACGCCUCCUGCGCCGCCGCCUCCAGGUGCCGACGUGCUGGAUCCGGCCGCUGGAGGUGGGACAGAGCCAUGCGGUGGGUGAGGAGGUGACAGUGACGCUGCUCGACUCCAACCACUGUCCCGGCUCUGUCAUGUUCCUCUUUGAGGGCACCUUUGGCACCAUCCUCUACACAGGGGAUUUCCGCUACACGAGCAGCAUGCAGGCUGAGCCGCUGCUGCAGGGCCGCCACAUCGACCGCCUGUACCUGGACAACACACACUGCCACCCGCAGCGGCCCCUGCCCUCGCGGCAGCUCGCCACGCGCCAGGCUGCCCACGUCAUCCGCAUGCACCCGCAGCACCACGUGGUCAUCGGUGUGUACAGCCUGGGGAAGGAGACGCUGCUGGCAGACCUUGCCGUGGAGUUCAGGACCUGGGUGGUGGUGAGUCCCCGGCGCCUGGAGCAGAUGCGGCUGCUGGAGCUGCCUGAUGUGUUCACCUCCGAGGAAGGGGCCGGCUGGAUCCGUGCUGUGGAUGUCGCUGAAAUCCGCUGGGACACGCUCGUCGGCUGGAACAUGCUGCACCCCACCAUUGCCCUUCUUCCCACCGGCAGGCCCGUGAAGGUCACCCACCCCAACAUCCACCUCAUCCCGUACUCCGAUCACUCGUCCUUUGCAGAGCUGUGCGAGUUUGUGAAGUGGCUGAAACCUUGCUCGGUCAUUCCCAUUGUGAAGGGUGGCAUGUGCCAGUCUUUCUUUCAGAAGUACCUGAGUUCUGUCCCCCAGGCACUUCCCGACUUCAAACUCCCAAAGCCCGUCCAAGAGCCCCCACAGCAGCAGAGCAAAAGGACGAGGCAGGAGCCUGUGUGUCUCUUGCAAAGAACUGCCCGGCAUUCUGUGCCCCGAGGAGUUGUUUAUGAGUCCCCAGAGGAAAGUACUGAGGAAUCUGAAGAGCUCGGGGGUGGUCAGGUUCCUGAGCAGAGCUGCUGUGAGUCAGCUUUCUGCUUGAAAGAAUGUUGCACUUGUCACAGGGGCAGAGAGAAAGAGAAAGAAGAGUUGGGUGGAGAGCAGCCAGGAGUCGCAAGAGCAGCUAAUGCCAUUAGCCAGGCACCUUUUUCUGAUGAGCACUUUCCAACUGGAUUUGCAGAGCAGUAUUUACUGACUCCCUUAAACAUCCUAAAGCAGAAUUCCUCACAGAAGUUCGACAGGCUGGUAGAGGAUUUCUUUAGGAGGGGAGAAGCAUCCUGAAAAGUCACACGACACUUGCCCAUGCUGAUGCAGUUCACAGCAGUGAUUCCAGAGGUCUUACUACUGCAUCCCACUCUCUGUGUUCAAGUUUCCCAUCGGGAGAGAGGAGCUCAGCUAUGGGGCUCUGCAUUCCUUACCUCUCACUGGAGGUCAAGAAGGAAACUAGAGCCAGUGUGUGCGCAUUUGAUUUUUAGGAAGCUGUAUUUAUUGUUCUGUCUGAUGUCCGGGUCUCCACACUACACUCAGGCAGUGCACUCCCACUUUACCCACUCUCUGCAGUGACUUUACCUGUCUCUUGUGACAAAAGAUACUGGAGGGUCAAUUCAAGCUGACUGCAGAGGGCAGGAGCUGCCUGCAGCUGCAGUAAUUAAUGGGGAUGGAUGUGAGGGAAGAAGGGGGAAGCUGAGAGCUCCAAAGAUUCUUCUUUCUACCUGUAAGGACUGAAUGGUUCAUUCCAAAGUGCAUUAAAAGUAUUAUGUAUUCAGGUACAUUUGAAAAACAAUGCUUAAAGAAAUCUAGAAAGUGAAGUGCCUCUAGGUGUAUUCAUCUGUUUUGUGUCUAUUAAUCUACAGAUGCACAGCACUGCUUGUGCACUCAGCCUACUGCAGCUGGACCCAGUUCUGCUCACAUUAAGAUCAUCUUAAAGGUGAUCUCUAAAGCACUAUCUUAAAGUUAAAAGCACUACCUUAAAGUUGUUCAGCUUUUCAUUACUUUCAACACAAGAUGUUUUAUGUGAUCUUAAUCAGGAUCUAAGUCCUUCUGAGUCUCCUCAGAAGUCCUGCAAGGUCUCCAAGACCAGGCGAGCAGAUGGAUUGAAUCCUCUAAAUCAAGCUAGGAAAGGCUGUUUGAGUAAAGCUGCCUCUAGAUGCAGCAGCCACACCUGUUAAAAGACAAGGCUGUCCUGAACAGUAAUCGUGGUGACAGGCAGAGUGCGUAGGUUUAGAGAGCUGUUGGGCAAACACGAGUCCUAAUGCUGUGCCUGUGAAAUUCGUCACUAAUAUCAGCAGUGGGACUGCCUGUUGGUUCUGCCUGCCAGCUGCUACGGGGAUGCUGGGAGUGAUGGAGCAGCACUCUGUGAAAUACCCUUCAAAAGGGGCAGCAAGGGCAGCUGAGGCCUCUUGCUGUGGUCAGUAUCAUCCUGUUUCUUGGAGGUUUCUGUAUGGAUCAUUUGCUAAUCAAAACAACUGCAGAGCUCCAUCAGGCCAGUGUGAGUGGAGACACCUGCAUCUUUUGUAACAUCCCAGACUGGCAGGGAAAUAGUUGUGCUAUGCUCCCAGUGUUUUGCCUGUUGCUGGCUGCCUUGGAGAUGCAGGCUAUCAUUUAGAUUGUUGAAAUUGAAGUGACUCAUUUGACAGGGAGGUGAGUGAAGCGGUGCCUGAACUCCCAGAUUCCAGGUCCUGCUCUCCCAUGCAGCCUCUCCAUUGCUCAGGAGGAAUGUCUGCCUUCUGAGUCACUGCUCCAUUUGGGUAUGUUGCAAGUGGCCUUGAAGCUCUGAUGCAUUUCAAUGCUGA